AAAGUCUACGUUCUCUCGUUAAUAAUUGCAAAGACAAAAAAAUGAAAGUGCAGGAAUCUGAGAAAUUUGUAGUAAAUCCAUUUUAUUGUGGGGCCAAUGAAGGUGUUAUCUCUUGUAGUUGGUACAAUUGUUCAUACUAG